UCUAAUGCGAGCGUCAUUCAACAGCGUAUGCGUUCAUGUGUCAAAAGCGAAACAAUAUUCUAAACAUUUGUCUUUCCCUCUCUUUUUGCCUUUCUUCCUGGGAACAGAUUUGAUAGAAAAUGUUUACAUAGCUUCAAGAAGCAGGAAGGAGCCCAAGUCCCUGCAGGCCAGCGAGGUCCCCGAGCAUCGGCCGCAGAUGAACAGCAUUACCGUUUCUAAGAAGCGCAGCUGGCUGCAGCAGAGCGCACACCGACUUCCUCCUCCUCCUCCUCCGUCGCUGCCUCCGGAAGAAGAAAACACCUGUAAGGAAGCACACGGGGCUGUUAUCCUGGUACCCAAAUCUCCCACCCCGCUGCCCGAGCCCGCGGUGCCAUGGGCUCCUUCUGUGUCACCGGUGGGACGGGAGCGCCCCGCGCGAGGCCUGCCCAGCACCACGAGCCCUGCUGCCCUGAGGAGCGCUGCUCCGGACUUCGGUGAGGAUAACGAUGCAGAUGAUGAAGGAGAAAUAUGGUACAACCCCAUCCCUGAAGAUUAUGAGCCCGACGUACCAAGGGUCCGCCUCUCAGCCGUGAAUAGCCCUGUCACUGUGGGCUCCCCGGUGGUUCGGUACAAAACCCUGCUUGGGGGUGACUCGGGGACAGCCACAGGUCCCCAUGAGGGUCCUCCACACUCCACGGAGAGCCUGGGUGACAGUCGUAUGGCUCAGACCAGCGAAGCGGGUCAGGCCGAUGGCGUGCAUCCCGGGGAGCACCUGCAGCAGCACCGGCAGAGGUUUGGCUGCAAGGCUGCUGCCGUGCCAGCAGUAGAGGACAAUCCUGCCUUUAAGUGUCCUUCAACAGGGUCUGGAGUUGUACUUGCACACAAGGCUGAUAUACCCUCAACAGAGGUUUCUCCUCCAAGUCCCAGUCCUCUGAAAAAAAGUGGAUCAAUCAACUGGCCUUUCCCUGACAGAAUUAAAUCUCCCAGGACUGUGAGGAAGCUUUCCAUGAAAAUGAAAAAGCUGCCAGAGCUCAGCAGGAAACUGAGUGUCAAGGGAACUUCAAGCCAUACCAGUCCAGAUAACCCUCCUUCCCUGCUGAAAGGGAGCUGCCGGGAUACAAGCCAUACCGUGUCUUUGCCAUCUUCUGGAAACUCAGCCACCACUGCCAGCAGGAAUGUGAUAAGUCGUUACCAUCUGGACAGUAGCGUGUUGUCGCAACACACCUACAAAAAGAAAAGCUCGAGGAGCUCCAAAUCCUUCAACAAAGGUGGUUACCUCAGUGAUGGUGACUCUCCUGAACUUAUAACAAAAUCAGGUAAACAUGGGCAUGAAGCCAAGUGUGGGAAAGGAAAGGAGAGCCUUCCAAGCAACAGUGGUAAAACUGAAAUAGAUAUUGACGCUUUCAGGCACUAUAACUUUUCUGAUCAACCCAAGUGCUCUCAGUACAUCUCUGGGCUCAUGAGCAUUCACUUUUAUGGUGCUGAAGACUUAAAACCACCCAGAAUAGACUCAAAAGAUGUUUUCUGUGCGAUACAAGUUGACUCAGUAAACAAAGCAAGAACAGCCCUGCUUACAUGUAGGACAACAUUCCUAGAUAUGGACCACACAUUCAACAUAGAAAUUGAAAAUGCUCAGCACUUAAAGCUGGUGGUCUUCAGCUGGGAACCCACCCCACGGAAAAAUCGAGUGUGUUGUCAUGGAACUGUGGCUCUUCCCACUCUCUUCCGAGUGACAAAAACACAUCAGCUGGCUGUCAAACUGGAACCAAGGGGGCUUAUUUACGUCAAACUGUCGCUCAUGGAGCAGUGGGAGAACUCUCUUGAUGGGCUCGAUGCAGAUCGGGAGCCUGUGAUGUUUGGGGUAGAUGCUCGAAAAGUUGUAGAGAAGGAAAAUGCGGGCUUGAUGGUGCCACUGCUGAUGCAUAAAUGCAUUCUGGAGAUUGAAAAGAGAGGCUGUCAGGUGGUGGGCCUGUACAGGCUGUGUGGCUCGGCAGCCGUCAAGAAGGAGCUUCGAGAGGCGUUUGAGAGGGACAGCAAGGCCGUUACUCUCUCCGAAAGCCGGUACCCGGAUAUUAAUGUCAUCACAGGUGUCCUAAAGGAUUAUCUGCGAGAGCUGCCCUCUCCCCUGAUAACCAAGCAACUCUACGAAGCAGUGUUGGAGGCUAUGGUGAAAAAUCCCUUGAAAAUAACAGCAAGCGGCUGCGAGAAUGACCCGAGUGACUCCGAGCACACAGCAGCCCUUCUGGAUUGCCUGCCAGAUGUUGAGAAGGCUACCCUGAAGAUGCUGUUGGAUCACCUGAAACGGGUGGCUUCUUACCAUGAAGUAAAUAAGAUGACGUGCCAGAACUUAGCCGUAUGUUUUGGGCCCGUGUUACUGAGCCAGAGGCAGGAGACCACCAACCAUAACAACAGAGUCUUCACAGACUCGGAAGAGCUUGCUAGUGCCCUGGACUUCAAAAAACACAUAGAGGUUCUUCACUAUUUACUCCAGCUGUGGCCAGUACCUCACUCACCUGCCAAAGAGCCAGCACAUCUGAAUGCAUUUCCUGAGCACCCAUCCUCCCUGAAUUACCUGAGACCCAAGAGGCAGAGACCUCAGAUGCUGAAUCUGAGCGGUACCGAGAUGUCUGGGGUGCUCAGACCGAGGCCAGCAGGUCUAGACAGCCCUUCGAGCAACCGCUACGCUGGAGACUGGAGUAGUUGUGGGGAGAACUACUUCUUAAACCCAAAAGACUGCCUGAGUGAAGCAGACUACGAUGAUGUCCCUUCGGAAGACACAGAGAGCGGGGAUGACAGCGGCAAAGCCGAGGAGCCGGACACCUCGGUCAAGCACCCGCAGCCCAUCCCCAGAGAGGACACCUUUCAGAGCUACUUAACAAUGCAAGCGAUAGACUCGGCAGUGGACCACAGAGCAAACCUCAAAGACCUGCAGGAAAGUAUUGAUACUCUGAUAGGAAACCUGGAAAGGGAACUCAACAAGAACAAGCUAAAUAUGAGUUGUUAAAUCUUGUCGUGCAUGACGCCUCCUCCUGGUGCCUCAGUGCCCUUCAGUGGGCUUCCCACAGCCACAUGAGGAGAGAUGGUGCCCUUGAACACCCUGUGGUAAGGCCACAGCCCACCUUGUUAACAAAUCUUAAGCCAUUCCGUUACAUUUCUGCCUUUUUGUUAGAAGAAGGUGUUGGCCUGAUCCUGAUGUUGGAGACAACCUUAGAGACCGUGAGAUGAUGCCACAGAGUGGCACUUCUCCCUAAAAAUACUAUGCACUUAGGUGGUCUGGGCAAUACCUGGCAGAAGAUAAAGCAACGUCUCUGCUGUUGGUGGCAGCAGAAUGAACUCCUCAUUCCUAGCUCCGGUACAGAUGUUCCUCUUGGAAGAGGAUGAACGCUGCUUGGCCCGAAUUUUUGCAGCAUGGACUUCAGAUAGACUCAUUCUAUUAUAUAUAUGCAAUGGCUGCUAUGAAAAAUGCUUUAUAUAUAUAUAUAAUAUUUAUAUAUAAAGUUUUAAUUGUACAAAUAUUAAUGUAUUCCUGUAUUAACACUUUUCAAUAAUUAUUUAAACAAGCAAAAAUUAAAUAUUUUUCUAACCUUGUUUGUAUAUAUAUCUAUGUAUAAAUGAGCAUGUGUCUGUAGCCACCUUUGGAAAGGAGAGGUCUCCGAGUUACGAAACGUCCUGUUUCUAGGAAGACGCGUUCAGUGAUGCCAGGAUGAAGUUACCCCUUGGGUAACACAGUGUUUGGUUUAUGCACAGAAACACAGCCAGGGAGAAGGCAGGGUGAAUGAUUAAUGUAAAUGACCUUGUGUGUUGCAGGGGCAUCAGCUUGCAGGUGUUGACUAUUAACUCUCUCUCACAGGCCACUACACUUUCUCUGUUUUGGGUUGGUUUUUUUUGUUUGUUUUUUUCCUCCAUGUUUGUUUCAUAUAUAAAGAAGGUCAGGAAUGUAUUUACUUUUCAAAAAAUACUUCUGGUUUGUCUUUGUAACCUCUUACUUUCUUCUUGACAUUUCAAUACCUUUUUAUUUUUUUCUCACCAUAGUUUCAUAUAUUUUUGUUGAGGUGGUACCUUUGUCUGGCUGCUGGUAAUUAGGUGUGUUUGAGCCCUCUCUGAAGGGCUGUGGCUCUGGAGAUGCAAGACUCAAAUUCUGCGCAAAGGCAGUUACUUUUUUCUCUGAGUCUUUUUUAUUUUAUUUUAUUUUUUGAAAAUAAUCUCCCAAAAAUGGAAACCUGAUUUAUUACAUAAAUUUGAAUGGGUUGGGUGAUGUUACUCCUGGGGAGUUUGGGUGGGAUUGCAGCUCCUCCCUGUGACCUUGUCAGAUUCAUCUGUCACCGUCUUCUCAGAUAAUCUUUUAUCUUUAGUCAUUUAUGGUGAGCCAUUCAACAUUUCAUGUUAAGGAGACACAUUCUUGGUUUAAUUAAAAAUAGUUACCAAAUCGUAUACAGAUGUUUUCAUAGUCCCUUUAAGCAAAAGGAGAUAGAGAGUCGUUCCUUGUCCUCCCCAGGUCACCCCCAGUGUGGAAGGGGGGAUUUGGGUGGGUGAGGGUGAGGGGGUUACAUGUUUUGAGAGGUCAAACAGCAGGGUAGAACUUAAUUCUCUUCAUUUUUUUGGUACAAUGUUGGCAUCCUGCCAUGGCUUUCCGUUCACCCUGUGGGUAAGAGCUUUUCUGCUAACCCGUACUUCCUUAUAUUGCUUAAUUGAAGAGUUAUUUAUUUACAGUAGCAAGGAAUUAAGAAUUGCUAUGGCAAACUUCACCCCUCUUUUCAAAGGAAUUCUUUUAGCAUGGUUUCAAAUAGUUUAUUCAACCUCAUUAAUUUAUUUUUUAUAAGUGUUAAAAGAUGCAAAACAAUUAUUGCAAUAUAAUGAUAAUGUAUGAAAAUGUAAAUUUAACCUGAAGCAUUUAUCAAUAAAUCGAUGUAUUUUUUUAAACUUUUAUACCUACAGAAUGUGCAUACUUUUUAAACUAUAAAUUUAAAUUCUAAAUAAAAUUUGAAUUAAGAACAAAAUUUGACUAAGCCUAGCUAGUGAUUAUUUAAACCUGGCAAAGCUGGUGGCAUACAUUUGUACUGGCUGUACAUGUGAAUUAAUUCCAUAAAGCCAUUUAGUUUUUCAGA